CAAUUAGAUUAAGGGGCUCAAACGUUUACUCCCUGGUGACUGUUCUACUAACACAUCAAACGCUUUUUGUGUCCUGCCCGAGCGAGGUGACCUGGCAUAAGUAAACAGGAAAGACUCCCUUUUACUGGAAUAUCAGCGCAAGCGGGAGCACAUGGAUUUUUUUUGACGACUCAGCAGGUUAGCAUGUGUCAGGGCACACACAUUUUCCUGUCUGGUUUCCUGUUGUGCUUUUCUCCUUUUCUUCGUCAACGCUGACUUCCUGCUUUUUAACCACAGGUGCAAUGAACGCAGACGUGGCUCAGCUUCAGAAACGUUUGCAAAAUCGCCGCAGCACAAUCAACUGCCUGGCAAAAGGUGAAAAAGACAAAAAGACUUUUCCCUUUUCUCAGCAGAGUGCUGUGAAAGCCUGGAGCUCUCUGGAGAACUUGGACUCUCCAGAUUGCCCGGGGGUUGACGAAAAAGCCAAACAGCAACAUCAUAUGAAGCUUAAUGUCGGUGGGAAGGUUUUCCACAUCCCUAAAAAAUGUGCCAUGAAAUAUCCUCACACUCGUAUCGGCUCCCUGGCGGCCAACACAGCCCGGCUCGCCACCCUCUGCGAUGACUACUCGGUUAAAAACAAUGAAUUCUUCUUUGACCAUGAUCCUGCUUUUUUCCACCACAUCUGCCAUUUUUAUGCCAGCGGAGAACUGUGGAUCAUCAGAGAAAUGUGCCCAAUCAACUUUGAGGAGGAAAUUGCAUACUGGGGCUUGAGUCUAACGGACACCACCCGUUGUUGCUGUAUGGUGUUUGAGGAGAAGGUGGAUGAACUGAAGGACAACUUGAAGGUGGAGCAAGAACUACUGGGUGAGAUCGAGGUCAAGUAUGACGACGAGUUAUUCGAAGGCAUGCUGUUUGGUAAGAUUCGGAAAAGUUUUUGGAACCUGGUGGAGGAUCCUUACUCUUCGACUCAGGCCAAAGCGUUCAGUGUGAUCUCCAACCUCUUUGUCCUUAUUUCUAUUGUGGCAAUGUCUCUCAACACUGUGGAGGAGCUUCAAAUCUAUCAAAUUGGGGGGAAAACUCACAUGGAGUGGGUGGAGGUCAUCACCAUUGUGUUCUUUGCUUUGGAGUAUUUAACACGACUUGCCACCACGCCAGACGUCCAAAUGUUUUUGAAGAGUGGGCUCAACUUUGUAGACAUGGUGGCGGUCAUGCCUUAUUUCGCCCAGAUCAUCUUGGAAGCCAUUCCUGGCUCGGGUGACGGGAACACACGAGAAGACCUUAGGACCUUGGCGAGCGUCAGCAAGUUAAGUCAUGUCCUGAAAGUGGUCAAACUUCUGCGGAUCUUUCGUAUUUUAAAACUGGCCCGCCACUCGACCGGCAUGAGAGCUUUUGGCUUUACGCUCCGUCAAUGUUACCAGCAGGCCUCGUGCAUAUUGCUCUUCAUCGCCAUGGGGAUCUUUACGUUCUCUGCUCUCCUGCAUUCGGCCGAGAGGGAAACGGAGGGUUCUCCCAUCAGUAGUAUUCCAUACGCCUGGUGGUGGGCUGCAGUCAGCAUCUCCACUGUUGGAUACGGCGAUGUGGUCCCUGUGACCAUCCUGGGUCGAAUGGUGGCCUUUGUCUGCAUUUCCUUUGGAAUCAUCCUGAACGGAAUGCCCAUCUCCUUCCUCUUUAACAAAUUCUCAGAUUACUAUGCCAAACUAAAAGCCCAAGAAUACAAGACAAUCUCGGUCCGGCGUCGCUUGCAGCUUCGGAAGCGUCUCCGACACAGGAUGGAUAUGUGUUUUCAUCCCACGGAAGGAGAGCCGAAACUAAUAAUACAUCAAUUGUAAUGAGAACUUGUAGGAAGCAUUGUAAAAGUGACUUCACAGGAAAGCCUAACUGUUGAUACUAAGAAUUAAAAUAAUACAGGAUGAAGGUAUCAUUUUACACAAAAUAGAGAAAAAAUUGAUACGGGACAAGUCAACACAUGCCUUAACAGCUCAACUAUAUCAAUAUUGUAGCCUAGGAAGUUGCCAGAUGGAUUGAGCAAUGGUGUCAUCAUGUGCUGUACGUUCUUGUUGCGGCAUUUUUCAGUUUCUGUUUUACCCACAAUGACUCAUGUUUUCCCCAAGGUCCUCUCAACUCAAAUAUGUUCACUCACUGCAGCUUAUUCAUGUGGCGUGUGAACGUCAUUUGCAGGUUUAGGUUUCUUUUUCACUUGACUUGACUUUUUCAACCCAAAUUUAAGUUGUCCAACUUUUGUGUUUUUGAGUUGUGUUGAAUAUAUGGAUGUGCCUUUUCCUCUUCUGGCUCAAUUUAUUAGUUGUAGGUGUUAAUCUUAAUCUUCUGUGAGCAAAAUGAUAAAUCAGUUUACCCAUACA